AUGUUGCAAUCAAUACGGGGACGAGGACGAGGACGUACGUGCCCCACUCGAGAUUCCUCAAUCUUAGACGGCUCGACGUGCACCAGUUCCGGCAGUUCAACAGCAACAUCCCUUAUUACGCUUCAUUGCACGAAUGAAUCGGAUUCCGGUAUCUCCACAGCUUCAAGUACUAAUUCGCCAGCAUCAAUAUUUCGAGGUCCUCUCUCGCGUGGUCGAGGACGCGGAGGAGAUCCAAAACGAAACAACCCACCACCGGACCCCUUCUGGACUGUUACCGAUCUCACUCAACAACAAUUCGGUACCAAUGAUCGACCGACCAAACCCGAUCAACUCGGCACUCUCGGACAACAAAUCGACGUUGCUACCAACUACUUCCCCGUCCUCCACUUUCCACAACAAGGUCUCAUCUACAAAUAUCACAUUCUCAUUCGAAACAAGAAAAAUCUCGAUAUUCACAGAGAUCGACGACGCAUCUUCUAUCACUCUUGGCUUCUGGCAUUCUGUCGACAGCAUCCACAGGUGAACAAGAACAAGAUCGUCUUCGACAACCAAAAAUGUAACAUGUCNCAACGAGUGGGAAUACCAGUUGAUCUUGCACUGAUCCGAAAUCUGAACGAGCUCUUCGAUCCAUCAUCACUCACGAAUGAGAGAAUCGAAGAUUUGCAAGAGGUGAAGCAGGUGCUGUCAGUGGCACUACACGAGCACUGCUCAUCACAAGCAUCAUUUGUGUUCACUCGUUCGUUCUUCACUCCGAGCACUGACGGACAUGGUUGUGAAUGGGAUCUCGGGCUGGGCAAAGCAGCGUGGCGUGGAUUCUACUCGUGUCUGGUAUUUUCCAAGGGCAAACAUCAGUUACUGAUGAAUCUAGAUGUGAAACAUUCUGUUUUCACGAAGAAGCAGUCGUUUUUGGAUUUUGUGUGUGAAGUGAUGGUGCAAAGUCCCAGCGGAAAAGCCAAACAUAGUAGACAGAGAGAUGUGCGAAUGGCAGAUGGUGGUGAUGUUUUGCAAUGGCUUGAUCAUUGUAAACAUCUCCGUGUUCAGUCGCACAAUACUAAUAAACCACAUGAUUACGAAAUAUUGGACUUCGGACUGCCUGCAUAUGUGCAAAAGUUUCACUGGAAAUCAAAGAGGAUUGAAGUGACAAUUGAAGAAUACUAUAAAGAAGAGUAUGAGAUCGUACUGAAGUAUCCAUCAUUACCGACGUUAGAAAUGCGUAAUGGGUCGUUUCUCCCGAUGGAAAUGGUCGAUGUCGAGCCUGUGAGAGUGAAGAAAGUGACUGACGAACAGAGAGCCACGAUGUGUCGUGUGUCAACGAUGAAACCGCUGGAAUAUGAGAGAGCAAUCAAGCAGAUACGUGCCGACCCAAAGAAGCAGCGUUUCGAAGGUGAUCCAUUUGUGGCUGCAUGGCAGAUGAAUAUAGACGUAAAAAUGGUGACAGUGCCAGCUCGUGUUUUGCCGAUGCCAGAAGUAGUUUAUAGUGACAUAUAUCGAGUGAGAUCAGAUACCACGAGAAAGAUGGGCGAUUGGGAUGUGAGAGGUACGACAUUUUACAAGCCAGCUGACUUCCCACAAUUGUGGGCAAUGAUUAAUUUAGCUGAAAUCAACGAAGAGACAUGCAAAGACUUCUAUAAUGAUCUGAGGGUAGUCUCACAGGAUCGAGGAAUCGAUUGUAAACCCCCUGAGAUCUAUGUUGAGGAGCCAAUUAGUAGGUUUUCGACCGCGAAAAUAAUUACUGUAUUAAGUGAUAUAAUAGCAAAGCAUGACGAUUGCAAAUUUUUUCUUAUUAUUCUGCCUGAUGACAAAACGCGGAACACCGUUGUUUAUAAUUCUACCAAGAAGCAUUGCGAGCUAGAACGGGGAUUUGGAGUAGUAACGCAAAUGCUCCGUGCUGUAACGGUCGUCGGUCGUCAUGUGCGGAACCCGGGCAAGAUCGACUAUUCUAAAUUCAAUAACAUCUUACUGAAAAUAAAUACGAAACUGAAUGGAAUAAACCAUGUCCUUGAAGUUCCGCCAAUCGUCGAGCGAUUCUUCACCCGUGGCCAUCGUAUUAUGUAUGUCGGUGCUGAUCUUAGCCAUCCUGCCCCCGGUGCCACCACGCAGCCUUCUGUGGUUGCCGUCGUCGCAUCUGCUGAUGACAUACCCAACCGAUACUUCAAAGAAGUCUACCAACAGUUUCGACCACCUCAAACACGAGGCGAAAGUCGAGAACAUAUCGUCAGUCUCAAGCAGAUCAUGAAGUCACUCAUCUCACAAUAUGCAAAACAUCGAGGAUUUCCACCCAACGCCAUCGUCUUCUAUCGUGAUGGCAUCUCAGAGGGUGAAUUCGAUUCUGUCUUCGAUAAAGAGCUCACGAGCAUACGAGAAGCUUGCGUCGAGCUGUCACCUGUCUAUCGUCCGUACCUGACGUACAUUGUUGUCAGCAAACGACAUCACACAAAACUCUUUCCAGCAAAAUCAGACAAGAACGUACCAGCAGGCACUGUUGUCGAUUCGCCUGAUAUCACCAAUCCAACCAAAUACGACUUCUAUCUAUGUAGUCAUCACGGUGCACUCGGAACAAGUCGACCGACACACUAUUAUGUGUUGUACGACGAUAACAAGUUGAAACCGGACGAAGUGCAGAUGCUAACCUAUGCUUUGUGUUAUACAUUUGCUCGAUGUACUCGUUCGGUGUCGAUUCCUGCACCAGUGAAGUAUGCUGACUUGUUAGCUAUUCGUGCGACACUGUAUAUCAAGAGUGAUGAUCAGUCCGAUACUGACUCGGUGUCAUCUGAGACUCGCUUACCGGUGAAUCAAAGUACCAAUGUGGAAGGUGGUGUGAGAAGCGAACGUAUCGUUCUGAGCUCUAAAAUCGCUCCUGAUUGCCCUUUCUUCCUGUAG